AUGGAUAAAUUGAAAGUGUUGAUUGGAGAAGCUACUAGUUUAGCGUACUCAGAUGAAUAUAGACUACAAGCUUUGAUAUGUACUGGUGUGUGUGUUACUCUAAUAAGUGCUUGUUUGUGGAAAACGUUCUACAAUCCAAAACUACAAAGUGAAAAGGAUGUAUCGACGAUAGAUAGCAAAGAUGAGAAACCAGUGCCAAUGACAUUAGAAAAACAGCUGGAAAAUACCUUACUGAGGUUUGAAAAUGAGUUCAAACCCCGUAUUGAAAAUCUGCUUGAUUCUUUUGAUCCGACUGAUGAGAAACAAAUUUAUGAACGUAAUUACUGUAAUGAAAUGCUUUUAAAGCUCCUAAUUUCCUUGGAUGGAAUUGACCUAGUUGGCAUCGAAAAUCCAAGACGUCAAGUGUUAAGAAGUGAAAGAAAGGACAUUAUCAGGCUCAUCCAAUCCAACUUGAAGAAAUUAGACUCAUUGAAGUAG